AUGCCGCGGCUCUUGACGGCUUGUCUAAAGUUCAAAGUCUCCAAAGGGAUCUUUGGAUAUCACCCUAAAUGCAAAAGAAUAGGGCUAACUCAUCUCUCUUUUGUUGAUGAUCUCCUUAUUUACUGCAAAGGAAAUCCUGAAUCAAUUGCUGGAAUCAUUUAUGUUUUAAACCAUUUCUAUUCUUUGUCUGGUCUCAAGCUUAAUGUUAGCAAGACAGAACUUUUUUCUGCUGGUAUUCCCUCUAGAAUUCUUGAAAUUAUUCACAGCGUCUCAGGCUUUAGGAAAGGACAGCUUCCUGUAAGGUACUUAGGGGUUCCACUAGUCAUUAAAAAGCUGCCAGAACUUGAUUGCCAACCUCUACUGGACAAAAUCAAACUUAAGAUGUACCACUGGUCUAGCAAGCAUCUUAGUUACGCUGGUAGACUUGAGUUAAUAAAAACCGUUCUUCACAACGUAGCCAAUUACUGGUGCAGGCAAUUCAUGCUCCCUCAAUGUGUUAUUAAUUGCAUUGAUCAACUUUGCUCUCGUUUCCUUUGGAAAGGUACAGAUCAGGCAGCUUCUAGGGCUCGAGUCAACUGGUCAAGUAUUUGUUGUCCUAAAUCUGAAGGUGGACUAGGACUAAAGAACUUAAAAUCCUGGAACAUUGCUUACAUGAUUCAUCUCAUUCGGAAUAUUUUGGCAGGAGAAGGAUCCCUUUGGGUGGCUUGGCUGAACUGUUAUAUUUUCAAGAAUAAUUUAUGUGACAUGGAUGCAAGUAAUGCUCACAGCUGGAGUAUUAAAAAGCUGUUGAAAUUGAGACUUACAGCUCUUCCCAUCCUGAAUACUGGAACGAUUUACACUAGAGAUAUAUGGGAAGCUGUCAGAGAUAGAAAAAGUAAGGUGUCUUGGCAUAAAAUUAUUUGGUUCCCUAUGCAUAUUCCUAAGUUUAGUAUGAUCUCUUGGAUGGCCAUCCUAGACAAACUUCCAACUAGGGAUAGACUGUCAAGGAUGGGUAUUGUCAUUGAUACUCAAUGUGUUCUUUGCAAUGAAGCUACCGAAUCCAGAAACCAUCUUUUUGUAGACUGUAACUUUGCCAAAUUAUUGUGGAAUUCUAUCUUAAACUUGGCACAUGUGCAUAAACCUCAUUUACCUUGGGAAUCAAUGAUCGAAUGGGCUUGUGUUGAAUGGAGGGGAAAAUCUUUAAUCUCCAUCUUGUUGAAAAUUGCAUGGACUUCCUACAUCUAUACGAUUUGGGAGGAGAGGAAUAGAAGAAUUUUCAAACAAAAAGCUAGAGAAGCUGCUCAUCUACUGUCACUCAUCAAGGACAUUGUUUGGAUUCAACUUAGUGGGAAAAAUAUCAAUAGAUUAUUUUAG